AUGGCCAGCUUGCUCCUCGGGCCUAUUGGCCAACUGGGCAAGGCCUUCACGCCUCCUCAGUUCAAUGCGACGGCGUACGACGGUCCAGAAUAUGUCAUCUGGAAAUGGAUUGUCUUCCGUCCCGGUCUCUUCCACCUCGAAAUAUACCUGGUAGCUGCCGUCGUAGCCUAUCUUGCUUUAUUCUGGAUCGGUUCCAGCGCGAACGCCAAAAAAGCUAGUGCAUGGUUGAAUGCGCACAAGGCGCUGUACGACUCGCAGUUCUCGCGGCCGCUCGACGGCGGACUGACCAAGGAUGGCUACUCCGACAUGUUCGCGUUCAGCACCGGUCGCCGCGCCCUUCGCAGCCUGCACACCGUCUUCGCUCUCCGUCCCCGGCAUGAUGCUCUUCAGCUCGCGUUCCAAUUCGGCUGGCAAAAUGUGUACGACCUCAGCUACGAGCCCCGCGACACCCUCGCUCUCGAGUUUGCCCUUGCCGAUGACUAUGCUGCACCGGACGCCGUAUUCGCCAUCGUAGCAAAGGACGAGCUGCCCACCAUCCGCAAGGAGUGCUGGGAACUGUCAUUCACUAAGACUUCCGAGAACCCCAACCUACCGGCGCACUUAACCAUCAUGUCUGAAGUCGCAGAUGUGACGGAUAGCGUAUUCAAAGCUUCCGCGCCCCUCCUUGCUGCACUCAAAGAUCCCAAGGUUAAGCCUUACUUCCGCUCGCUCAUCCUCUCCGAUCAGCCGGCUAUCCAGCCUGAUGAAGCGCCCGUCGCUCGCUCGCGCAGCCUGGUCCUGACUUUGACACCCCCUCCUCCUUCGGAAGCGGACGCGACUGUGUCCCUUGUCACCGCGGUGUUCGCACUUGUUGACUCGUUGGAUAAGCUUGGCCUUCGUCCGGAGACGAAGACGAAGCUACGCAAGGCUCGCGAAGAGUUCAUCUCGAAAUUGAAGGAGGCGCGCGAGCGCGAGGCAAAGGAGGAGGCCGCCGAUGCUCGUGCAGCAGCAAAGAAGAAGGCAGAGGACGACAGGGUUGCCGGGCUCAGUGCGGCGGAGCAGGCCAAGAUUCUCGAGCGCGAGCGCAGGCGCAAUCUUCGCAAGAGCCAAGGCAAGACGGUCCGCAAGUAG